AUGACUUCAAUACCCUUGGGACCCACUUUCAUUUACCAUCACUUCUCCAAUCAUCAAUCAAAUGGAUUUAACUCCAUAGCCACCUUCCUACGCAUCUCAUUGGACCUCUUCCUAUCAACACCAAAAACCACCAUUUUUACCAUUUCUUAUUCCACCAUUUCCAACCUCUCAAUCCUUCCUUACAUGACCAAACACUUCCUCGCCUACCACAUCUCACUGGAAAAACUAACACUCCAAGAUAUGUUCAUAAAGCCCAUAAAAGCAUGCUCACUAACCUUGAUUCAACACCAGAAAGUUUCAAUCACGAAGAACAGUAACAAACAUCAAGUUCUUGAAGUCAACAACGUGUCGAUUACUCACCCGAAAUUGUUACUUCAAGGACCCGCCAUUCAUGACAUUGAAGGUUUGUUUGCUUCCUUCCAUCUUAACCAAGAAAGUAUAACAUUACCGGCAUGUGAAUCCGGUGGUGGUGGUGAUCGUGGUCAUGGAUUUAUCAAGAGCAAGGAAGAAUGGGGGAGAGUGGUGAAAUUUCUGAUCUCAUCCAGAUUCAUGUCGUUUGCCAUUGUAUUAAAAUCAAUGAUUCAGGGGAUUCUCAAAAAUUUUCCAGAUUUAGGUUCGGUGUCAACUAAACUCAGUGAUGCAGAACCACACAGACAAGCUCGAGGAUUCGAUGGUCAUGAAAUGGGAUCGAACUACAAAUCAAAUUACACAUAA